CGAGGCGGAGACCCCUGGGAUAUCUCUAAACGCUUUCUGCAGGACACGACUUUCGACUGGCCGCUGACCGGACUCUGCAGAGUCACUGUAGAGGGGAGAGAGAGAGCGACGGAUCUCAAGGACCAGAUUGCCUGCUGAACUUUUUGCCUCUCAGACGGAUCGCCGGGGACCAUGCUGACCAUCCUAGCUGCUGGGUCUGUGUUCUUUCCAGGCCUUUUCCUGCUGUCCAAACAAUGCCUGAAGUCCAUCCCGGCGCUGAGAUGGAGCGAAGGGGAUGCAGUUAUUGUAUCAGCCAGAUUGGUGUCUUCAGUUCAGGCAGUCAUGGCUUCCUCAGCUGGCUACAUCAUUGCUUCCUCCUGUGAAGACAUCAUCGAGGACCAGCACUGGCUCACUAGCACUUACAUCAUGUUUGCCGUUCCCUACUUCGUGUACGACAUCUACGCAAUGUUCAUGUGCUACUGGUACAAGCUGCGGGUCAAAGGGCACGAGGAGGCCUCAGCGGCACCCCAGCACAUGAGCUCGGCGCUGACCAGCUACUUGCGUCGCGAGUUCCUCAUGGUGCUGCACCACGUUGUCAUGGUCACCGUCUGCUUCCCCGUCUCUGUGUUUUGGCGACAAGGAAAGGGAGAUUAUUUCCAGGGUAUAAUGUUCAUGGCUGAGCUCAGCACUCCAUCUGUCUGCUUAGGAAAAAUCCUCAUCCAGUACAAACAGCAACACACUCUCCUGCACAAAGUGAAUGGGGCUCUUAUGCUGAUCACUUUUUUCAUCUGUCGAGUCCUACUCUUCCCUUACCUCUACUACGUCUAUGGAAGGUACGCGUCCAUCCCCUUCCACAUGGUCCCCCUGUCGGUGCCCUGGCACUGUAACCUCGGCGCCGCUCUGCUCAUGGCGCCUCAGCUCUACUGGUUCUCCCUAAUUUGCAGGGGCGCCCUGCGACUAUUCAUGGGCACCUCCCGCUCUCAGAGGCCGCGCUCGACCUCGGCCGCCGCUAAGGAGCGCCAGACGGAUGGCAACGCACUGCCCCAGCCUGCCAACGGCUACAGCACGCGCUCCACAGAGCCCGAGCUGGCCACUCACUGAGAGGAGUGGAGUGGAGGGGAGGGUGGCGGGGAGGGAAGGAAGGCGAAUGUACCAAUGAGUAUGUAAAGGAAAGAAAGCUAUGAGGGAAAAGGCGAGACUUGAAACAAGUCGAGAUGAUGGCCUCAAAUGUUGCUGAAGUGUUUGUGGCCAGCAAACUGCUAAAUGAUUUGGUGGCUGGCCUUCAAGUACUUUAGCUUUUUAGUUUGUAGGAAACAAACGGAGUGUUAGAGCACUCAGUAUUUACGAUGUCAUCGGGCACUGUGACAGAUAGGAACAUGCACUGACCUGAGAGGAAUUUGCCUGGAUGUAUAGCGAGCAUAGGUGGCUAUUUCCCUCAUGUAGAUCAAAUUCAGUCCUCUCUGCCUCACGGUAUAGGAAGAGCAGGAAAAUAGGAAUGUAUUAUAUUGUAUGUUAGUACGUUUGCUGUAGAUGGAAGGCCUCAUUCAGUUUAGUCAUGAAGAAGACCUUCAAAAAAGAAAAAAAAAUCCCGGCUAAGCAGUAUUUUGACUUGUUAGUGUUUAUUAUCUGUAUCCUCUAUGUAGUCACUGUCACUCUAACAAAUGUAACCAACCUGCAGACUGACUCAUCUUUAGAAGGGAGAUAAUCUUCUCAUAAGACUGUAUUCUGCUGCCUUAUCCCUUUUCCCCCCCAUUUUUUGCAGAUUCUUUACAUUUUUAUUUAUUUUUAUCCUCUAAGAAGAAGGAGGAAGCUUUCCUCAGACAGAGUCAUGUGACGGUUGUACAUAGCAGAUGUAAAAUUGUCCUUUCCAUGUCAGUAUUAGGCCAACGUUGAUUCUUUUUUAUUUUUUAGGUUUCGUCUCAUUUCUGCAUCUGAUGUUUCUACAGACAUUUUGAACAAUGACAGUUCAGCAUUAGGACAAAAACAUUUCACAGUUUUACAGCUUAGUGUAGGCAAAACUACUCCCAGACGUUUUAACAGUGAUCCUCGUUUCAGUGUAGAUAUAUGACUUCAUUCCAUUUACUGGUAUCACAGGUGUUUUGUUUUUUGUUUUUUUUUUUGCAUACAAGGAAGUGAUGCUCAGUAGCAGCCACUUUAAGCUGAACUUACACGUGUUUCUUUCUUUUUUUUUCUUUUUAGUUUGGUGCUGGUGUAAAUCUCAUUAUUCAUUUGCUUGGCAGGAACACUUCACGAAGGGAUCCAUGAGAUUUGAGUAUUUUUAGCUUUGUUAGGGGACUUGCAAUGUUGAAGUUUUGAAGGGAAGCAAACGAGAAAAUUAAUCUUGCAGGGAAGCAUUCCCUUGUGACUGACGUGCAGCACAUUUGUCCACGCCGACUUCGUUUGAUGUUGCUCUGUUAUGUUUUUUUAAAACCAUCACAAAUUCAACCUUUUAACAUGGUAUAAAAUGAUCCAAUCAUUGAGCCGUUGAUUUGAGCCACUGGUUCUAUGAACCUCCUACGAACAAACUAGCUUGUUUUUAUCAUUUUAUGUUCCUUUCAAGCAGCUACACUGUCCUGGAAAUGGGUCAAGAAAAAAAAAAAAAAAACAACAAAAAAAUGAAAUAAACCUAAAGCAUAGCUCAAAAAAACCAUCAAGACAGGGUAAUGUGUGCCAAAGCAUCUGGACAACUGUGGGCAUGUUGAACACAGAACAUCCAUUCCCCUGUUCCGUGAGUUCAUAAGGUACUGCUUCUUGACAAUACUAAAAACAUUUCAACCGAUGUACUGUAUAUUCCACAAAAUGCUUGUUAUUUAUUUGUAAGUAUUUAUUUAUUUAUUUAUUUGGUUUGUGGUUUUUGAAUGCAUAUUUAUGCAUACGUAUUAUACUCUAUGCUUCUGAGCCUUAUGUGAAGGCUGUAUUGUUACUCAAACUUAGCUAAAAUAUACUUCUCUGUCCUGA